ACUUCUUGUUGUAUUUUAUCUUUUCCUUUUUCUUUCUUUAUUCCCCACUCACCUGUUUUUUUCCCUUUUCUUUUUCUUCUUUUAUUUGUAUCAUAUCUUCCAUCAAAUCUGUUAAUCAUCACAUUUAAUCACACCCAAUUUUGGGUAUAAUAUUAUUCAAUGACGCUUGGCUCAGGUGGAUCCAGUGUUGUAGUGCCUAGAAAUUUCAGAUUGUUGGAGGAGCUUGAGCGCGGGGAAAAGGGUAUUGGAGAUGGGACCGUGAGUUAUGGAAUGGAUGAUGGUGAUGAUAUUUAUAUGCGAUCUUGGACCGGUACCAUUAUUGGCCCUCACAAUUCUGUACAUGAAGGGCGAAUAUACCAAUUGAAGCUGUUUUGUGACAAAGAUUAUCCAGAGAAGCCUCCUACUGUUCGUUUCCAUUCACGGGUUAACAUGACCUGUGUCAACCAUGAAACUGGCGUGGUGGAACCGAAGAAGUUUGGGAUACUAGGGAACUGGCAAAGAGAGUACACUAUGGAAGAUAUAUUGAUUCGGUUGAAGAAAGAGAUGGCAACUGCCCACAAUCGCAAGCUUGUUCAACCACCAGAAGGCACUCAUUUCUAGCUUGUGCUGAAGAAAUCGUAAGAAUGUUAUGAUAGUGGAAAUUUGAUGAUUGCAUCUAUAUGGCUUCAUGGCAAAAAUGUGAAUGUUACUGUUUGAUUAAAAUGGGAUUUGUGUUUGUAUCAAAUGUUUAAUAUGUUUAUCCUUUUGCAUA